UUCUCUUUCCAUCUUUUUCAAUCCGUUUAAGGUUAGAUCGAGUGGUUAUCAAUGCCGAGGCGGGGAUUUGACGGCCGCAGAUUAAUUUCACUCCUACGCACCGGCGGAAGAUUUUCACCCGGGAUUCAAGACGGUUGCGAUCUUUCACACUGAUCCAGAGGCCUCCUCCACAGGAAGGCGGCCGUCCCUGAGUAGUGGUACCCAACUCUAAAACUCACAUCUAUAAAACUUCGACCCGUUUUUUCUUCGGUGGUAAACAAAACAGUUGGAUUUGAUAAGGAAGACCAUACCAAAAAGGACUGCUACACCAUGGAUUGUUAUUGACUGAUAAUUUAGACUGAAUUAUUAAGAACUGGAAGGAAGUAACAAAUAGGGUACAUGAAGUUAUGCCUGUAGACUGUAAUAUAUAAACUCAGUCAAGAUGAUGACUAUGAUGAGCCGGAGAGGAGACUCCGGCAAGUGGUUUCAUGUCUCGGUUGUUGGCCUGUCAGGGACUGAAAAAGAAAAAGGAGCAGUUGGAGUAGGGAAAUCCUGCCUCUGUAACAGGUUCUUAAGAACAAAUGCUGAUGACUACAGUGCAGAUCACAUUUCAGUGUUGAGCCAGAGUGAUUUCAGUGGGCGUGUGGUUAACAAUGAUCACUUCCUUUAUUGGGGUGAAGUAACAAAAACAUCAGAUGAAGGAACCGAAUAUCAAUUUCAGGUUGUAGAACAAACUGAAUUCAUUGACGAUUCUUCAUUUCAGGCCUUUAAAGGGGGGAAAAUGGAACCUUAUGUGAAAAGAUGUGCUGCUACAAAGCUAACAUCUGCGGAAAAACUAAUGUACAUAUGUAAAAAUCAGUUAGGAAUUGAAAAAGAGUAUGAGCAGAAAGUUUUGCCUGAUGGGAAGGUCAACAUUGAUGGCUUUUUAUGUGUAUUUGAUGUCAGUGUUAUUCCUAACCGAACGCUAGAAAAGCAAAUUGAAACUGUUGGUGCUAUUUUAAACAAUUUAAUAAAAACAAAGAAACCUGUAGUUGUGGUAACAACAAAAAAUGAUGAUGGAAGUGAAGUGUACGCGAGAGAGGUUGAAAAGCUUGUUGCAAGAAAAGAAUACAAGGGGCUCAUACCGAUUGUGGAAACUUCAGCUCAUGAGAACAUCAAUGUAGACUUGGCAUUCUUUACCUUAGCAUUACUCAUUGAUAGAAAUAGAAGUCGUAUAAAAAUUGUACCUUAUGCAGAAGCAGCUCGAUUACGCAAAGAGCACCUUGACAUAACAACCGAAGCUUUCCAAUCUCUUAUACGUUCUCAGAUUACCGAUCACCAAUCUCUGUGGAGUCAGACUUACAAGAAAUUUGCAAAACACGACGAAUUACUUAAAUUCACGCAGGAAUUUGGCAGUGCCAACACUCAGCGGAUUUUUAGGAGGCAUGUCAAAAAAUUAAAAGACGAACAUUUUGCAAAGAAAGUUCAGAGUUACAUGGAUUUACUGCCGGAUAUUUUACAAGAAAUGGUUCCUGAUAUGUCUAUGUUUCAUGAAUGUGACUGGUCUACUGUGCAGAAACAUAUCAAAGAUCAUCCGGACUUUAAUAAUUAUUUCUAUAAUUGUGAAAAAGAUGUGACGUGGUCUGAAGGUGAUUGGGAAGGUACUUGUACUAAAGAAAGAAGGAUUCCUUGUGAUAUUCUGGAAACAGGAGAAGCUGAAAAUGUAUUUAAAAGCCAUGCGAGUGCAUUGCAACAAGAACAAAAGAAAAUGGAUAGAUGGAAGAAACAAUUCAAGCAAUUACUUGAAGAUACCGGGUAUGUUACUCCCGGAAAAUCACUCUCUGAAAUAAGAGUACUUUUUAUGGGUCGAGAAUGUUUUGAAGCAUUGUCAGAGCAGGAUUGUCAGAUGAUAUAUGACAGACAUCAAAAAGAUAUUGUGGAUAAAGCUAAACACAAUUUUCAAGAGCUGCUGUUAGAGAAUGCAGAUUUGUUUUACCAUUUUAAAAGUAUUGCACCAACUGGUACAAUUACACAAGAUGAUAUUAAAGAAAUCACUGAUGCACUCAAGGAUGAUUCAAGGUAUAAAGCUCUUGAUAGAUUGGACCAGGAUAGAAAAUUAAUGUUGUUUCAACACCUUGGAUUUGUUCACUGUCCGAUUCGAGAACAUUGCCCAGCGUUCCCUAACUGCAUGGAUGCAUUAAUUGAACGUAUCUUAUCAAAUAAAGUUCACAGACCCUCUUGGAAUCAAACAGGAUGGGGGAUUAGUGGAAAUCAGUUAAAUCUUGUUAUACUAGGUAUUAAAGGAUUGGCUCAUGAAUUUGCAUCUGAAAUUAGAGUUUUGUGUGAAGACGAUGACAUUGAAAUAGAUUACUGCCUGUACAGCAUUGAACUGAGGGUUAUUGAAGGGGAUGUAAAUUUACCACAAAAUUCGUUUAAAUCGUCUGAAUUUCAACCAAACGGUUGCAUUUGCCUUUAUUCGGAUUCUGAAAGUUUUGAAUAUGUCAGAGACAGCCUAGAGAAGACAUUAUUGUCUAAUCUUGAGCAAGAGGACCGAUUACCAUUCCAGGGCCUCCCUUUAGUAACUCUCUUCUUGCCUGAACCUCAUUUAGAAGAGCAAGAGUUGCUAAAACUACACGAAGAAGGACAAAAUUUAUCAGAUAGCCUACAAUGUGCAUACAUUGAUAUUUCUCUUGAAGACGAUUAUUAUAACAGGGAAAGGUUUAGCACUCAAUUAGUCAACAAAGCUCUUAGCCUUCUGCUUCAGAGUAUACAAGAAAGAUCAGGCGUGCCAAAUAUAUAUCAGGCAAAUAUGGACGGUAUGGAACCAGAUAUAAGAGUCAUCAUGUGUUUAUUCUGCGGUGAUCCAUAUUCUGUCGAAAAUGUUCUUGCUCCUUUGUUGGGGCACCAUUGCUGUUUUAUGAGCGGUGAAAGGAGUAUUAUGCUAGAGACGUUUCUCGGAUCAUCCAAGAGGAAAGUGGAAGUAAUAAUUUCAUCGUUUCAUGGAGCUAAUGCAUUCAGGGAAGAGUUGGUUCAUGGUUUUAUAUUGGUUUACUCGACCAAAAGAAAAGCCUCAUUGGCCACCUUGAAUGCAUUUUCAAUGAACAUACCAAAUUUACCCAUCCAGAUAAUGGCUGUCACUGAUAUUGGAGGAGCAAAUGCAUUUUUUACAAAUGAUUUAUGUCAUCUUUUAAUUACCGAGGGAAAUGCUACAGCCGAUCGGCUGCAGGCACAUUUUACAACAUCAAACUCUUCAUUUCAACAUAAAACCGCUUUCUACACUCCUUUCUUCAAAGAGGUUUGGGAUAAGAAGCCAGAAAUUGAACAAGCAUUUCAUUUAGAAGAACCAGCAGUUGAUAAUAACAUGGGCUUAGAAGAUGACCAGAUACUUCCAUCAAUGGGAAAUAAUACAUAUCAUUUGAAACUAGCUGCCUCUGCAAAUGACAUGUUAAAUUCUGACAUUUACGACAAGCAAGAAACUGAGGAUGGUUCUUUUUCACCCACGUUUUCACAUGAACAGAUGACACUUGGAAGUGCAAGUGAAGAAUCUGAUACAUACUCACCUCUAGGAAAUCCACACAAAGGCAAUUCUGUUUCCCCUCAUAAGCUACUGCAAGGGUUUCAUGUUUACCCUCCACCGGCAACACCACCCGAACCAGCCCCACCCGAUCAUCCGCCAAGACAUGUUCUUAGUAAUGCUACAAAUAUGCUAGGUUCAUAUACAAGCUUAGAUGAAAUUACUUGUAAUUCAAUAAUAUAAUCUCAAUGUUAAAAUUAAAUUAUUUUAUAUGUUUACUUGUAAAAAUGAAAAAAAAAAAAAUGCUGGAUGUUUGUGAAUAUAAUCAUUUAACAAGUGACACAUCAUUUCCUUUCUAUUUUAAUAGUUAAAAUAUAUGGCAAUUCACACUACAGAUUACUAAAAUAAUACUAACAAUUUUAAAAAGAAACUAAUCAGGUAGAUAUGGUUUGGUAUCGUGCUCUUAAAAGUUAGAUAAAAUAAUAACCAAUGAGUGGUCUCAACAUUUUAAUUCAUAUUCUCGAAUACUCUUGUUUACAUUACCAGGUUGUUUUUCUAAAAACAAAAAAAUAUAAUAUAAACUAACUAAAUUGUUGCAUUAAAUGUCAGCUUUUGCAGUGGAUGUAUUUUCAAAUCACCUGUUUGAUAUGUCAGCACCCCAGAGGUAGAGCUAAGUCACACAAAGUAAAUUAUGCACAAAUCAGAUCGUUAUAAUUGUUUUAGUUCUUAUGAAGUUAUGUUGGGUGUGCAAGUCAUUUGCGGGUUUGUGGAACUAUUCAAACACGUUUGGCGCCAUCAUCAAUCAGGAACUCUCCUUCUGUUUCAAUUCUUCAUUGAAGACUCGUGGCAAAAUGUGUUUGAGUAGUUCAACAAACUUGCAAGCAAAACAGUCCUAAUAAGUGUCCCAGUAUUGGUGAUGGUGUUGGCCUGGAGUCUUCUGGUAAAUUUUGAAUGUUUUGUAAAAACAGAAUACUACAAAUUCAGCAAUUUUACAAUAAAUUACUAUGUUACUUCAUUAAACUUGAGCAAUAACAAUUAAGGUUAAUGACACAUGAGCAGUUUUGAUUUGAAUAACUUUUACAAGAAAUUUCAGCCAGUUCCCAAAGAGUAAUUAUGGGAGGACAAUCUGCAAGAAAUAAAUUUGCCAAUUUUUAAAUGAUGAUUAAUUGUAUUAAAUUGUGAAAUUUCUUCCUAUGGGCUGGAGGGUGAUAAACCUGUGCAUGGAUAGUUACCGAUCUUGCCCGCCUAUCCUCACUCAUUUUUGUCAGACAGACGUAUUUCAGCGUUUUGCCUUUUUCGCAAUUCAGCAUGAGUUAUGAAUUAUUAACCGCCCCAAUUUUUUAAAAUGUUUUUAUUAUUAUUUUUUAUUAAUGUAAACUAAAGUUAACACACUGUUAACAAUUAUGCGAGAUUUUUUUUUUUGACCCCUUGUGACUGCUUUUUUCAAUUUAAUAAUUUCUUAUGGCUUGAAAAAAAGUCUAUCAAGAUAAAAAAAAAGAGCAUAAUUUACAAUUUAAGGAAAUAAUUUUGUGACUUCUGGUGUGUUGGUAUGUUUGUGUAUUUUAUUAAAGAUUCAUGUUGUUCAUCCCAUAUUUGUUUGUAAACUUUUAGUGUCAAAUUGUUUAUAGGUUUUAUACAAUAAAUGUUAAAAUAGAUAGCUUUUAAUACACUACUUUUAUUUUUGGUUUAUUUAUGUUGUGUUUCAGCUCUAGUCAUAGGGAAAUUUCAUUUUAAAAAUUAAAGUCUACCACCAAGAUAAUAAAGUAAAGAACUUUGUGCCAUACUUCAUGGUGAGAAACUGUGCAUUUAAUUUUUCUUGGGGUUGCUAACAUUAUUAUUGUACAGAAAAUUAAAUAAAGAUUGAUCAUAAAAA